AUGCCAACGACGCCAGCAUCUGUUCGUUCGCUUAUUCGUCGUACACCAACCUUAGCUCGUAUCUCAAACAGAGCUGUUAUAUCUGUGUCGGGCUCACAGGCGUCUGAGUUUCUUAAUGGCCUUCUCACAACGUCCGUGACUAAUCCUCCCCAUGGCCCUUUCUACUCUGCUUUUCUGCAAGCACAGGGACGCGUAAUAUACGAUGUCUUUGUUCAUACAACCCGCGAUGCGAAGUCGCAACCGGCCUACCUCCUAGAAUAUUCUCCUCUUCCUCCAUCCUCCACUGAGACAGACAUCCCAGAGCUCUUGCCAAUGUUGAAGCGUCAUGUAUUACGGUCAAAGGUUCGUAUUCGGGACGUCACUCAGGAACAUGAUCUCUGGGCCGCAUGGGGUGACUCCCAUACCUGGGAUAAUCCCGCACGAAGAUGGUCGUGGGCACGGAGUGGCGUCGCAGAACCAUUAUGGGAGACCGAGGAGUGGCCAUGGGGCUCAGAAGAUAUGUUCAUCAAAGACAGGAGAGCCCCUGGGAUGGGAACACGAAGGCUGGUGAAGAAAGGCGAGAAACCGCAGGAGUCUUCUUCGCAUGACGAAGUGCCGUUCGAGGAUUACACACUGCACCGUAUAAUUCACGGUGUGCCAGAGGGUCCGACAGAUAUUCCACCAGGACAGGCAUUUCCUAUGGACUCGAACAUGGACUUUAUGGGUGGAGUUGACUUCAGGAAAGGCUGCUAUCUUGGUCAAGAGCUGACCGUCCGCACUUAUCAUACUGGCGUCAUUCGUAAACGAAUACUGCCUGUUAUACUUCAUCGGCCAUUAUCCCCUGGUGAUGUUCCCACCGAUAUUCCUACGUCAUCCUCGACACCUUUCCCUUCAGGCCUCGACAUUCAUGCCUCCCUCACUCAGGCACCGACGGAAGGUCGUGUCGCUCGUCCUCGGGGCACCGGAAAACUUCUCAGUACAGUGGCGGAUAAGGGUCUAGGACUUGCGUUGCUGAGAUUAGAACAUGUGGAUGGCGUUAUGAAUGGAAGGUUAAAGUUCGAGUUACGUGACAAGACGGAGGAGGUGGCCGAGGAAAAUAGAUGGGGUGUCGUACCGUACUGGCCUGAUUGGUGGCCUCAGAAGCCGCCAGAGGAGAGUGGGAGUUUGGAUACGGAAUGA